AUGGAUUCCACUACAAUCGACAUAAAUGCAUUACAAAAAUGUCCAUCAACUGUUAGGUCAUCAGUCUCUGAUUGUGUGCAAACUUUUACUGACAAUGAGUUUGCAAAUCGUCUAAAUUCUAAAAGAAGCACAUCAGUUCGUUGUACUCCUUUUUCAUUGGGAGAGUUGCAAAUUGGUACUGCUAACUUUGCUUCCGGUCGACUUCUUGGUGAAGGAAACCUUGGACCUGUUUAUCGUGCCAAAUAUGCCGAUGGAAAGGUAUUGGCAGUAAAAAAAAUCAACCCUUCAUUUUUUGAUGGGGGUCAUCCCGAGGAAUUCUCUCAGAUUUUAUCAAGCAUCAGCAAACUUCGUCAUCCAAAUAUUGCUGAGCUUGUUGGUUAUUGUUCAGAACAGGAGCAUAUAUUAGUAUAUGAUUAUUUCAGAAAUGGUUCUCUCCAUGACUUUUUACACUUAUCAGAUGACUUCAGCAAACCAUUAACUUGGAACACCAGAAUCAGAAUUGCAUUGGGAACUGCUCGGGCUGUUGAGUACCUACAUGAAAGUUGUUCUCCCUCUCUAGUUCACAAGAAUAUCAAAUCUGCCAAUAUUUUGCUUGACACAGAUUUGAAUCCCCGUCUCUCAGACUAUGGUUUAGCUUUCUUACUGUGCAAUAUUAUAUUCCAGUCCAUGUUUGAUGUUUGA